AUGUCGACGCCACCGCCGCCAAAACCGUGGGCGGCGGCGACGGAGAGUGGUGAGACGGCGCGGGCGUCGACGCCGGCGGCGGAUGGGCAGGCGAUGAAGCCGUGGGAGGCGCCGGGGGCGGGCGCGUCGCCGCGCGCGCCGGUCGGGACGGAAUCGAAUCCGACGGGAACGACGUCGACGCCUCGUGAGCGCGAUUGGGACGGUGUUGGUCGCGGUUUGGGUGGUGCGUCGACGAGUGCGGGCUACGGGACGGGGUACGGGACGGGGUACGGGAGCGCGUACGGGGGGUACGGGACUCCGUACGGCGGUUCGAUGUACGGCGGGUACGGCUCGUCGAUGUACGGUGGAUACGGUGGGAUGCGAGGUGGUGUGUAUGGCGGCGGGUACGGUGGAUACGGCGGUUAUGGCGGUGGGAUGUACGGCGGCGGAUACGGUGGGUAUGGUGGCGGUAUGUACGGCGGCGGCGGUAUGUACGGUGGUUACGGCGGUGGCAUGUAUGGGCAACCUCCGUUCGGGAUGGGUCCCGGCGGUGUGCCGCCGGGGGUUCCACUCACGGGUUGGCAAGCGCUCAUGCAAUCUUUGUCCUCGGUCGUGCACCUCUUCGGGAAGAUUUCGUUCCUCGUCGACGAGAACACGCAGGCAUUGCACUUUUUCAUUAUGUCGCUGCUGGGGCUCCUCGACCGAGGGGGGCACCUCUACAGCGAGCUAUCUCGACUUUUACUUCGGAUGAUGGGUUAUCCUGUGCCACCACGUCCGCCGCAGCAGUUCGGACCACCACCGUCCGGAGCUUAUCGAGGGCCGUCUUCGGGCGUGCAGUCGUUCAGCGAUGCGUGGAUGCCAAACGCGGACUAG